AUGGCGGCGAACGAAUCAUCUUCAAUAGCACAAAAUGAUCGAGUAUCAACCCUUCCAGUGGCUUCGAAGGACUCGCCUUUAGCUACAGUGACGCAGACGCCUUCAUACUCAGCCUUUUCUCGCCCAAAGAGAGUGCUUAUUCUCGCCGUGGUAACAUUGGCUGGCUUUUUAGGUCCAUUGGCAGGAAACAUUUAUCUUCCUGCUUUACCUGUCCUCGAACACGAGUUCCACGUAACUGCUGCAGCCAUCAAUGCGACCGUCUCGGUAUUUAUGGCGGUCUUCGGCUUCGGGCCUCUCUUCUGGUCCAGCUAUGCGGAUUGGAAAGGGAGGAGACCGUUGUACUUAAUUUCCCUAGUGGUUUAUAUUGUCGCAAAUGUCCUGAUGGCCGCCCUUCCCGCCAACUUCGGUGCUCUGAUCUUUUUGCGUAUUGUCCAGGCAUUUGGUUCGUCGGCCGUGGUGUCGAUGGGCGCCGGCACAGUGGCUGAUAUCACAGAGCCGAAGCGGCGGGCCAGAGCGAUGUCAUACUUCAUGCUAGGCCCUCAGUGCGGUCCAAUCUUAGGCCCCAUCUUGGGAGGUGCAAUUGCCGGGCACACAAGCUGGAGAUGGAUCUUUGCUUUUUUGGCAAUUCUUGCGGCUGUCCUCUGGCUCGUCAUGCUGCUAUUCCAGCCAGAGACUCUCCGUGCCAGAGUCGGCAACGGAAAGCUGUAUAGCGACGAAGGCUGGAUAUUGUGGCCGCCCAGUCCAUUUUCCUGUCUUGCCCCAGAGCCCGAGCGCGGUCCCCCUCCCCCGAAGCCUACCCUAAAAGGCUACUGGCGCCUUUUCACGUAUCCUCCGAUUGGCAUUGUCUCGGUCAACACAGCCAUUCUCUAUUCGUCGUAUUUCGGAAUUGCGGUCCAGCUUCCUACAGCACUGGAAGAGGUAUAUCACUGGAGCUCUACUCAAGUAGGAGGCGGAUAUGUCGCCGUUGGCAUCGCGAUGGUUGUAGGCUCUAUCGCAGGUGGUCGGCUAUCUGACUGGCGUCGAGCCCGCAUGGUCAAGCGGCUUGGGGAAGAUAACGUGGCACCUGAAGACAGACUCCGGGACCAGAUUGGAGGUAUCUUGUUCUGUGUUGGUGGCUUAGCUAUGUUCGGCUGGUUUGUCGACCGGGCAGUCCACCCGGCAGCAGUGUUGGUGUCGACAUUUCUUGUGCUAACCGACGAUAGAGAGAGUAGCUCCGACUUGGGCACAGAAGAUGAGAGGAGAAAAGCUCUGCUUCGAUCGUUCACACCCGAGGAUGACAAAAGCAUUCGCCGAAAGAUUGACAGGCGGUUUUUGUUUCUGAUAGGCAUGAUGUACAUUAUCAAAACUUCGCGGAUCAUGCUGACAUGGGGCAUCGUCCUGGCCUGUCAUGCAGCAGCAAAAAACAAGGAAACACUGUGGGCAUUGCGCUUCCUUCUCGGAAUGUGCGAGGCAGGAAUGUUUCCGGGUAUCGCUGCUCAACUAUGUGGCUGGUACCGCAGCGAUGAAAUGGGCAAGCCGAUCAUGUGGAUGUUCGGCUUCCAGAAUACCUCUGGCAUUGUAGGCUCUUUAUUAGCGUACGCUAUAUCAUACAUGAAUGGGCUAUGUGGGAUGAGUGCAUGGCGCUGGAUCUAUUUACUAGAAGGCCUAUUCACCAUCCUCUUCUCUGGGGUCAUAUAUCUAGUCCUUCCAGAUUGGCCCAAGUCACCCCGUACCAGAAAGUGGCUCACAGAGCGCGAACAAGAGUAUGUAGAAGCCCGACUAUCCGAGAAUGCACCUAAAACACAAGACUCGAACUUCUCCAAAGAAGAGGUGAUCGCAUCACUCAAGGAUCCACGAACCUACGCCUUCAUGUUAUCCCAAGUUCUUGUCAACUUCUCCGGAUACGCGCUUACAUGGGAACUUCCAACAAUCACCACCAGCCUGGGAUUCGCCGGGCUUCCACGGAACCAGUUGCUUAACAUCCCCCCGUCCGCGGCAGCCGUUUUGGCGAUUAUCUUCUCGGGCUGGUUCCUUAAGAAAGCCUAUCUGACUCGUCCUGCAUACACAAUGUUCUGUAUUAUGGGGCCAAUGCUGUUGUUUUUUAUUUUGCUCACGGUUUUGAAAUCCCGUGUCGGGAUCUAUAUUUCCUGUGUGCUGGGUAACAUGUUUUAUGCGGUAUAUUUCAUUCCGUUUUGGGCAUGGCGAACAUCUUCCUUGAAAGGUACCACCGGUGCCGCAUUCACUCUAGCCUUCCAGUCGUGCGUCGGCCAAAUUGGCGGCGUUAUCGGUCCACAGCUGUUUCAGUCCAGAUUUGCAUACAAUGGGUACAAGACACCAUUUGCUAUCUGCGCUGGAGUAGUUGGCGCGGCAUGUCUUGCGAACUUAUGGACAUGGUGGUUGACCAGGAAUGUUGAAUGGGAUGUCCGUAGGAUUCGUCGGUUGAGAAUUAAGGAGGAGAAACAGGGGAGGAUAUACGCCGACGACGAUGUAAGAGUCUAUCAAGAACGACUGUUUUACGAGGGAGUUACCAAGAAAGGAUCUGAGCCAAAUGCGACUAGAGGUGUAUAA